AUGGAACCACAGUCUGCUUCAUUCAACCCUUCAGUCCCGUCUUCAUCGUUGUCUUCAAAACUUGGCCAGAGCAACUUCAGGAGAAUCAGCCGCACAGAGGACAGCAACCCCUAUCCCAUCCCCGGCCUAGCAGCAGACAUUCUGCACAUGCGAGUGAGAGAAGGAAGCAAGAUCCGCAAUUUACUGCGGUUUGUAACAGCUCGCAUGCAAGAAGAUGGAAGAGACGACAACGGGACCUCACUGAGACAGGUGGUCUUCACUGGUUCAGGUAGGGGAGUCACCAAGACCAUCACCUGUGUGGAGAUCCUGAAACGCAAAGUGGGAGGGCUGCAUCAGGUGUCCAAACUCUACUACAAGACAGUGAAUGAGGUUUGGGAGAGUCCACAACAGGGAGCACCAGGAACAACUAUGCAGAGGACAGUCCCUGCCAUCUGUAUCCUGCUCUCCAAAGACCCUCUGGAUCCCCAGGAGCCUGGAUACCAACCUCCACAAUCCCCCAGUGUUCCCGCAGAGGAGACAGAGAGACGUAGAGCUCUGCUCAGGCCGGCUCUCAGCCCCUCUCCACAGCACACAGCCAAGAGACUCUGUCUGGAUGAGUGGAGUGUAUGUUCUCCCUGA